AUGGAUGGAAGUACACCACUCGACGGCGUGAUCAGCAUGGAUGAUUUCAUGAUCCAGAACAAGCACACGCAUGAAGCUCAGAAACUCGUCCAGGAAACCAGACAACCGGCACUUCCUCCCUCCAAGAAGCCCAAAACCCCCAACGGAAAAGCCACUCCACUCGUUCCUGUAGCAGUCGGCGCCCGCUCCUCCCGGCACACAAUCCUCCUCCACGAAAAAUACCAAGCCCUCGGCAUCCCGCAACCACUCUUCACCUACGGAGGCGGCAGCGAAAUGGGCUGGACUGUUUCCGUUUCUUUCCCUGGUCUGGAUGAUGCGGAGGAGCUGCAGGGAUUGAAGUUCGAGGAAGAGAAGAAGUUUAAUAGCAAGCAAGAAGCCAAGGAGGCUAUGAGUCAGAAGGCGUUGGGUGUGUUGGAGGCGUUGGAGAAGGAGGGGAGGGUCAAGAAAGGUGGGAAGGGGAAAAAGAAGAAGGGGGGUGGUGAGGGGGAGGGGAAGGUUGGGGAAGUUGGAAAGGUUCAAGAGGAGAAGGAGAAGGGGCCGGGGGAGAAUUAUGUUGGGAAGUUGCUUGAAUUCCAGCGCGCGACUGACUCCCCCCAACCAACAUAUACGGAUUAUCAAUCUGGUCAACGCUUCUCCUGUAUCAUCACCAUCGACGGCGAAGACCAACCCUUCGGCUCCAUCUCAAACCUCUUCUCCUCCAAAAAGGCCGCUCGACAAGACGCCGCCCGCCACGCCGUCGAGCAUUUCAAAAGCCUAGGUACCUGGCCCUCAGACGACACAGCCGUCGGCGGCAUCCGUAAGAGAAAGAAAGGCGCACCCAUCGACCCAGAAUCCGUCUUAAUAUCGCCCCUAGACGGCUCCAGUUCCCCCUCCACACCCCCCAUCCAAGCAACAACCCCCACCCCCGCCCCACCCGGCACCCCCUCCUACGCCUCCCGCGUCGCGACCCUCGCCGUUACCCUCGCGCUCCCGACUCCAGAAUGGAACUACACGCCCCACCCCUCCGAUCCUACAUUCCACAGCGUAUGCUGUUUCUUUAAAGGCGCGGGACAGCACGAGGGUCCGAUUGGUGAAGUGAGGAAUAUAUACGGCAGGAAGAAGGCGAAGGAGGAGUGUGCAAGGUUGACGCUGGAGUAUUUGCAAGAGGUGAAGGAGGAGAGGUUGAGGUAUGGGAUUAGUGUUAUGAGGGGGGUGCUGGGGAGUGAGGGGGUGGAGGGGGUGAUUGAGCGGGGGUUGGGCAGGGUUGGAUUGGGUGAGGGCGAGGAGAAGAUGGUUGGGGAUGUGGGAGGCAAAGUGAGAUUGGGAAUGGGGCUUGAUGGUGUGGAUGAUAGGAUGGGGGAUAUGGAUGUGGGGGAGAGUAGUGAGGAUGAGGUGUUUGCUGAUGCUAUGGAGGGCUAG